AUGCUGGAGUCUGUGGUUGAACGCCUGCUCAGCCGCUACCUGGCGCCCUACGUGUUGGGCAUUAGCAAGGAGAAGUUAUCGGUGGCAGUCUGGAGCGGCAAUGUAGCUCUAUCAGAGCUGCAUGUGAAGCCUGAGAUUUCAGACUUGCUGGGUAUCCCAUUCAAGGUAGUGUGGGGCCGCAUAGGAAGGAUAACUCUUAACAUCCCCUGGGCCAGCCUGGGAUCUUCUCCAGUCAGUAUCGAUAUUCAAGAUGUGUAUUUACUGCUUGAGCCAAAGCCCAUACCGCAGCUGGCGGAUGCGGAGUUGCAGCAGCAGCUCCGCAGCGUCAAGAUGCAACAGGUGGAGGCUUGCGAGGUACAGCUACGGGAGGUUCGGCAGCAGCUGCAGCAGCAGAUGCAGCAGCAAACUGGGAAGGACGCCGAGGGCGGAUUCUUUUUCCGCCUGGCCAAUAAGAUCCUUAGCACUCUGCAAGUGAGCGUCAAGGGCAUUCAUGUUGCCUUAAUGGACCGCCAAAGAGGCUUCCGGGCUGGCGUUGUCCUGGAAAGCCUCUCUCUACAGAGUACUGACAUGUGGGCAACCGGGGAAGGGCAGCAGCAACAACAGCAGCAACAGCAGCAGGACUUUUACAAGACAUGCGAGCUGAAGGGUCUCGCUGCCUACUGUGAGCUGCACAGCUGUGGGGGCAGCACCCCAGCAGCAGCAGCGGCAGCAGCAGCAGACACACCGGAAUUGCUGCUGGAAGAGGAACCCGAGGUGGACGCGGAGCUGGAGCUGGGUAAUUCCCCGGAUUUUUCAGAAGGGCCACAGGUACGGGCUUCGCCUACGGCUUCUUCAAGGGAGAGCGAAGAUGCGCUGCCUGAGAAGGAACUUGUUGUUAACCCAGAGCUGCACGACGAGGAUCUGCAGGCUCCUCAACAGGACACCUCAGAACACCAGGAGCAGCAGGGGAGGGAGGAAGAUCGAGAAACGAAGGUGGGCCCGAAAAAGCUCUCCGUAGAGAGCCCCAUUGCCUCUGCACCUCUAUCGAGGGAAUCGAGCCGCAAAUGGAAGCGGGAAGGAUCAUCUACUGCUCCCCCACCGAGGAAGAUAGGGACGCAUGCAGAAGCAUCCCGCGCAGGACGGGCAGGCGGCUUGCCUCAGAGGGUCAGAAGGGGACGCAACAGAUACAUCUUGAAGCCCCUUCAUCUACGUUUGAACAUAGCGCAUGCAGCAACACGCCAGGAGUUUUCGGCAAGGCUCGAAGUGCUGCAAGGCAGCCACGGAGCAGCCAUCGGAAAGUCCCAACUGGCGGUGCUGCUGCAGCUGAUGCAUGAGGCUGGGGAGAGGCGGAGGCGCUGCGAGCGGCUGCUGCUGCGAGAGGCCCACACCGUGGCUCUAGCCCCUGAGGACUUGGAAAACAACGGAAAGACUCAAAAGGAAUUCACUGCACUGUACGGGCGGCAGCUGCAGGCUGAGGAGGGGAUCAAGGGCGUGCAGCCCCUCAGCGAGUCAGAGGAAAGGCGACUUCGGGUGCUGUACGACGUUGUGGGCGUCCGUCAUAAUGACGAAACGCUGCAAGGAAUGGGUCUGCCAUCAAGUUACCACUUGAGUUUCGACUUGCUGCAGUUUCGAGUGUCUCUUGAGGAUGAUGCUGAGGGGGACCUGGAGGCGGCUGCCGAGGACGAGGAGACAGAACGGCCCCCUGGUGGACCUCCUGAUCUUCCAGAGGACUUUCCCUUGCCCCCGCGCGACAGCCCAACGAAUUCUCCUCCAGAUGUUCAUUUCGCAGAGGGUGCAGCAGGGACAGGUGCCGCAGCAGCUGGAAAUACGAGAACAGGAGAGGAGGAGUUGUCAUUUUUGUCGCUGUCUCUUAGCGGUAUGCGGGCUUCCUUAGAUUGCUGCAACCGCCAAGACUACUCAGGAGAAGACAACGCGGAGUGGGCCUUUUCCUUUUCCCUCGCAGACUUCACAGUGCGGCAGAAACAGCACACCCUCAUGCACUUCCGCAGCGAAACAGACAGCAGCAGCAGCGGCGGCUUCGGUAAGACUCACGUGGGUCUGUUUGGAGAUACAGGGAAGCUUAUCCAUUUGCCCUCUGCAAUAUUUCGGGCUGCCCCUACUUCUCUGGCAGCUGCACAGUUCUUGCUGCAGCACCGGUUGACCCCACAUGGCAACAUCCUCGGGGUGUCUGUACACCUAGCGCCACUUGUGGCCUCGGUGCGCCCAGACAUUCUAAAGACGAUCGGUGCUUUUUUCGUCUUCGAGACUCCCGAAGAUAUUAGGAGAUUGCAAAACACGGUGUCUGCUGUCUACUCCCAGGAGGCGCGGGGAGGUUCAGCAGCAGUCGACCCUGCAGCAGGAGGCACAAGUGCAGCAGCACUAGACGAGGAAGAGCCCGAACAGCUGCAGCGAGAUUUGGGGGCGAUGCAUGUGCAGGAAUUGGUGGAGGGUUUGAGGGAGAAGGGAGAAACAGUUUACGCUGCUGCAGUGCACCGUCUGCCGGGUUUGCUGCAGCUGGAGUUAAACAUAGCGGCGCCCAUCUUCCACCUGGACUCCCUAGGUUCAGGCAGUGUCGCUGUACACCUUGGGAGACUAACUCUGAAGACAGACGGGCCUUGUCCCUACGGAGCGCUACGGGCAGUGCUCGAGCUGAACGAGACCCGCCUCCUUUGCUCUCCUAAGGGAGGGCGCGAGGUGUCUCUGCUACGUCCUAUACCCAUCCGCGUACAUCUGCAGGUAGAGGCGGCAACACGCAUCAGUAUGGACCUGGAAUUCGACGAUAUAUUUAUCGAGGCAACGCCUGAGGCAGUGGCGCUACUCCUUGCAGUUCCAGUCUCCCUCGCUAAGUCCGUUGUACAGCCAGCGCUGCCAUCCGCUGCUGCUGGCGCUCCUGCCACAACAUAUGGUGCUGCGCUUAGAGGAGCUGCUGCAGCGGAUGCCCCUCAAGAUAUGGACGAGCAAAAGACGCCACGCCAGGAUAAGCGGGCCGGCGUAGCAGCGGCAUCGGCCCUAGAGACCCUCAGAGGGAUCCCAGCGGCGCUGCGAACCACGCAGUCCGGAGAUAGCAGCAGCAGCAGCAGCAGCAGCCAUGAAGGCGGGGGUUUUGUGAUAGCGUCGACUUGGCGCUUCAGCCGUUGCGGGUUUAUUGUACACCGCAGCAGCAGUACGGAAGAGAAGGGGGUGUUGAGAGCGCAACUGUCUGCUUUGGAGAUUACAGUUGGAGCAGACACUGGUGUGGGCACCUGCAAUAUCUCGGCAGCUCUUCGCGAUGUCUUUGUUUCCGAUCCAUCCACCGAGUCUCUUCUAUUUCAAUCCCUAAACAAGCAGGUGCUCUUCACGCCCUCUUGCGAGUCCCCGGUAUCUUCGCAGCCCUCUGCUUCCAUGGAACGGUUCAAAAGCGCUAUAUCGCAUACUGAGACCCUGACGCGGCAACUGGAGUCCUUCCAAGACGCCUUAGAUGACUCAGGAGGAGGCUUCGGUGACGAUCCGGAAGAGAAGCGGGGUGGAGGCGCAGCAGACGCCCGAAGCCUCCGGCUGGCCCUCAACUACAAGAGAGGAGCUGACCCGCAGACUCGCGCCUCCCUCGUAGUUUUGCCCGCCGAGGUGCACUGGAGACAGGAGUCUCUUCGCGGCGUUCUUGAGACUGCCCAGGUGUACAGACAUCAGCUGGACCAGCAGCUGGCCACUGCAGCAGCGACUUUCAGCCGCCCACCCUUCCUCUCAGAGUCAGCGUUUGCUGCUCUACAGGAUGCCCUGCAAGCAAUGCAGAGUUCCCUUAACACAGGCGAUGCCAAAGCAGAGGCCAAAUUUGCGUCCGUUAUAUCAUCCCUUACUGGCCACAGUACCAGCGGCACCACCAGCAGCAGCAGCAGCAGCGACAGCGGCGGCGUGAAAGAUGACUCCAGCAGUGGAGUUCAGUGGCUUCGUAGUGGUCUGGAGGUCGGAGGGGACAUGCCUCCUCUCGCUGCCUUAGUAGGUGGCGGCGGGGAGCAGCAGCAACAGUUGAGUCCCGAGCCCAGCAGCACCAGUAGCAACAUCGAGGGGAAGGGACCUCUGCCGGUGUCCGUUUCUCUGGAUUUGACCGUUCAAGGAGCUGCAGUCUCGUUUUGGGAUGGCCGCUCUGUGUACUGCAGAGUGGGGGUACGAGAUGUCUGCGUCUCCCUCGAGUCGUACCCCAAUGGAGACUCGGAGACAUUUCUUUCUAUCAGGCACGCAGCAGUCAUCCUCAACGACCGCUGCGUCUUAGCUCCCAGAGAAAACGAGCAGCAACCGCUGCUGGACAAGCAGCAGCAGCAUGACCAGCAGGAGAAGCAGCAGGACUCGUUGCUUGUUGCUCUGAAGAUACGGCAAUAUGGAGGAGGAGAGCCUGGAACAGGCCGACCACUUCCGUUUUCCGUUUGUGUGUCGGGGCGAGUGAGUCAGUUGUGUUUGGUGUACAUACACCAGGAUAUUCAGGCGUUUCUAGACUACCUUAGAGAUGGAAUUUUCGACAUAUUUAUUUCCAAGUCCUAUGAGGCAGUAAAACAAGCAGCCACGGGCUCGCGCUCGCUCUUCGCGCUUCACAUUGACUGCCCCCUUUUUAUAGUACCAGAAAACAAAGCCGCUAUUCCAGAGCUACAACAGCAGUUGCGUCGAGAGCAGCAACGGCAGCAGCAGUUGUCUCCUCGUCCAGAAAGCGAAGCAGAGUCCGUUGCCUUGGCUGCUGCUUCGGGGAAAGUGGAGUUGAAAGGUCUGGGGCGGUUUCUUAUUUUCAGUGCAGGCAUCCUGCGGGUUAGCAACGCAUAUACUCUCAUCUCUGCUGCUAACUUGCAAAGUGCUUCCCUGGAGCAGCGUCCCCACAGAGACAAUCCCGGGGAAAACCUCGAAGGAGGUUGCAUCAACCCGAGGGAGACUGGCUCAUGCGCAGUAAUUGCUGCCCAGCAGGAGGAUGCAGGCAGUUGCAGAGCCGUUUUGGAGCCUGGCAACACCUCAGCCGUAGCAGCAGCAGCAGGAGGUGCUGCAGCGAAGGAGGAGGAAUGGGCAUUUAACCUGAAGCUGGAUUUUUCGGGCAUGCAGUUGAGUGCACGGGACAACGAAGAUAUCCCCUUGGGAGAAAUCCGCGCCCGCGAGGACAGGGUCUCAGUAGAAGGGGAGGUCUUAAAGACGGCCAACGUAGGGGUGCGGCUACAGUGCUCAAAUCGCGUGUCUGUGGCUGCCCACACAUCACCCUGGCUGUUGCAUCUCUCCAGGGAGCAGCUGACACUCUUCCUAGAUGUCCUCAAUGAGAACAUCACGGGGGGAGGGUACGAACCCCGGCAGCCUGCUGCAGCUGCGGCUGAGAGACUCUGCAGUGCCAGCGACAACAACACACGGGGAUAUGGACAGGGAGACACAACGGAUGCAUGGAAUAUCCCGCUGCAGAUGCCUUCACAACAAGGGGAUCUGGAGGUGCCUCUACAUGUGGAUUUCCAGUUGUGUGUCCCCAAGCUGCUGCUUGAAACAUCAAUGGGGCCCCGCACUCCUCUCGCUCUAAUGACGGUACACCGCAUUGCUGUUUUCGCUUCUGCCUCCUCUUCGGCUCAAACGGGAACUCAAUUACAGCUGAAUGCCACAGGAGAUGUCUUUGCAGUUGACGACAUCAGACCGCAAACCGCCAACUAUUACCGAAGACUCGCCCACUGCACUGGGGGCCCUCUAGAGGAGCCCUUAGAUGGGCCCCUAGAUGGGGGAUGCUUAGAUGCCCAGGCUGCAGAAGGGUGCGAUACGGGGGACGCCGAGUGCUGGAGCAAGAGCGACGCAGAUGAAGACGCAGAUUGCCUCCCGGCAGUGUCUUUGCACCUUGAAACAGGAACGGAUAAGGGUGUUGUAGAUGUGGUACUGAGGGAUGUGACGCUUUAUACCCUUGUUGUGGGCUUCGGGGACUUGGGCAAAUACUUCUCCACAGCAUACGCGUGCAGCACCAUGAAACGUUUCCCCAAGCCCCAACCUCUCGUUGGCGAGCAGCAGAAACAACAGCAGAUCCAGCAGCAACAGCAGCAGCAGCACCAAGACAACUCUCGACAAGACUCGCACCUAGGACCCCGAACAGUUUCAAGGUCCUUCGAGGGGAGGGCAGGAGCAGAAGCCCUUCCCACGGAAUCCCAGACAUGUGGGAGAAGCGGCGACAACAGUACUAAUACCAGUUGUACUAGCAGCAACAACAGCACUACGAUCAGCUUGCGCAUCUGCAACGGGCAGUUCGUGGUGUACACGGACAUAGAGAGCCCCACGGCACCGUUGAUAGUCUGGAGUGGUGACCUGUUUGUAUCUCUAUUGUCCGAAGGGGUCGUCGUGAGUCUGCAGCACCUGGAGAUACAGCACAGCAAAGUGUCACGUCUCGAGGCAGCCCCUAGCGAAGGCGAACUUGCUGCCAGCAGCAGCAGCAGCAGAAGCCGAAGCAUGUCUGCUAGCUACUUGAGGGCCGCCUCAACAAGGCUUGGGCACCAGAAAUCUGCAGAGUCGGGCGGCCAGCUGAGCCCCCAAGUCAUUCAGCUCUCCCUUGCUGGAAGCAUUCGACAGCAGCAACUGGCCCUUCAGCAGCAGCAGCAACAGCAAGGGGACGACACAUAUGGGGAAGAGAAUCUAUUGAUAGGGGAAUGGCCUGAGCCCAGUCGCCUUAUUCCCUCCAUGUUGACUGAAGGGGCGGUGCUACUGUGCGAGGACCUGUCAGUACGGGGAAAGGGCAUCUUCCUCGCUGCAGCAACAGACGAGGAGGUGAAGCAACAGGAGCAGCAGGAGCAGCAACAAGGAGAAACAGAAGAGGAAGAUGCAGACAGUGACGCUGAAGAGACAGACGAAGAGACGCCACCACCUCCAGCACCCGCCACAGGAGAGUCCAGGAUGGCAGCUGUGCAGCGCGCCUUCGCGGGCGCUGCUGCUGCAGCAACUGCUGCCGCGGCUGCUGCUGCCGCUGAGGCCCCCCGUGCACUCACUACCAGACAACCGAAGCCCCUCACCAGCGCAGUGGCCUCAGGAGGAGGGACGCAACAGGCGAACAGAUUGACGACGAAGGUUAGAAUGCAACUGAUUGUGCCCAAGUUCUUCCUUCGGGUCAGCAGCAAUGACAUUGCUUUGCUGUUGAAUGCUGUGCGAGGCCUGAGCUCCGACGGCCCCACAGUUUGUGGUCUACAGGAUCAAUCGGUUUCCUCUCCAGCGGCGGCAUCAGCAAAGGCAGCAGCACCACAGAACCCCACUCCUAGCAACAUCAAGCAGCAGGAACCCACUUGCCCUGUAGACGAGCACCAGCAGGAUAGUGAAUUGGCGCUUGAACAAGACGUUCGGGUGUCUGUACAGCUGGCGGGUGUGGAGUUGUUGUUAUUGGACGACUUGCGCGCCUCCGUUGUGCCUUUGCUGCAGUUGCAGCUAUCUGUGGGUCAGCUAAGGGGCCGGGUGUCUGGACGGCACCUUGUGUUGUCCUUGAUUGAUCUGCGCUCCAGCUGCAGCUUCCUAAACGUUAAGAGCGGGACGUGGGAGCCCUUUAUUGAGCAGCUGGAGCUCACUGUGGUGUACAGACGGGACCUAGUCCUCGAACAGAAACUGAAUCUCGCUCACCAACAGCGCCUGACAGGCAACAGCAGCAGCAGCGGGGCCGCUGGCAGCCCAGCAGCAGCAGCAGCUGCUGCCGCUGCUCCCGAUCAGUGGACGGAUUCGAAGGCAGCGCGGGCGCUGCUGAUCAGCAGCUACUCUUCGUUUUUGUUAAAUCUCACGCCGCAGCUCUGCCGAUUGCUGUCUUGGUUUGUCCCAUACUUGGUGCAACACCUGCAGGAAGGCCCUACAAAAGGCACUGUCUCCUCCCUGCCCUCCCGCACCGCCAGCAUUGGAGCAUCAGGCACGGGAACACAGGACAGUAGGUAUCCUGAAGGAUCUCCAGAAUCAGAUGAUGCAAGAAAAAGCUGGCAGGCAAGUUCAACGCCUGCACCAUUCUCACCGCUCUCCAAAUCUGCUGUUGCUGCUGCAGCACGGGGAUACGCUGCAGACGCCGCUGCAGCUGUUGCUGCUGCACAACAGCAACAGAGUAGUGGCGCACCCUUCCGGUACCUCAACCUUACUGGAGAGUUCCUCUAUGCAUUUACCCUCGUUUCUGAGCAGCCACAGCAGGGACAGCACCAGCAACAGCCACAGCAGCAGCCGCAGCAACAAAAGCAGCAACAUAGGCAACUGACGCAGCAGCAGCAGCAUGAGCACUCACAGUCGGAACAGCAGAUGCUGCGGGAAGAAGCGGAGGAAGCGGAAGAGAGCGAAACCACUGGGGCCGUGAUGGUGCUACAGGUUGGAGGCUCUAAGUCCCUUCCCCUGGAGGCGCUUAUGGAAGGCAAAACAGCAGAGUCCUCUCGAACAGCUGAAAGGAGACAGCAAGUCUUCUUUUCUACAUGUGUUCCCGUUACCACAGUGCAGCAAGCGUCAGAAGUGCUGCCCCAUGUGCCAAGAACAGAACUCCUUCGCAGCCUCCUCCUAACGCGCGAUGCCCAGCGCACAAUCGGCGAAUUUCUUGAUGCAGAACACACACAACCUGCUGCUGUUCCCUCUGCCGACGAGACGAAGCAGCAAAAGCUGCAGCGAUACCCGAGGCGCUGCGUCGGGCCUUUUCCUCAGGGAAUGCAGGCGGUGCUGGUUGAGGCAAUGAAGAGCCACAGCGUCUCCUUGCUGCUGCCCCAGUGCACUCAGGAGGAGCAGGAAGUGCCGCCGCCGCCGCUGCAGCAACAGCGGACAGCACGGCCAGUGAGUUCACUGGAGGAGAUGAGGAGCAAGAGCAAGUUUGGUGCUGCGCAUGUAACGGGAGGUGGAGAUACACUGCUGCCUGAGAGCAUCCCGCUGGGGGCAACACGCACCCUCGCCUCUCCUAUGAAGCAACAGCAGAUGCAGGGUUCUUCAGGAGCUGAAGGCACCCCUUCAGCUGCUUCAGGCACUCCGACCGCAAGCCACUGGGCUGCGCUGGAACUAAAGAAGGACUUUUGGGGGGGAGCAGUAAGAAGAGGAGAUUCGAGGAGAGUAAGCAGCGAGCUGGUGGCACAGGUGCUCAGCCCUCACCCCUCCUACAAGCUGGUUCUGCUGACCUCCACAGUGCUGCUGCAGAACCGUAGUGGCUUGCCGUUAGAAGUGUGUUUCCUGGACCAAAGGCAGCGGCCACUGCUGCUGCCUGCUGCAGCAGCAACAGCUGCACCCCUCAGCGUGCUGCAGGAGCAGCCCGACACGCAGGCGGCUGGGGGAAUUCAGUCCUUUCAGGAGGUCACUCUACUCGAUCCCCAACUCAAGACUAUCCCACAGUGGAUGUUGGACAGACAAGAGCGCCAGCAGCAGCAACGCAUGCAAGAGCUCGCUCUGCAACAGGAGCUUCUGUGGCAGCUGCAGCGCACAGCAAGCGGCAAGACCGGCAGAAGCACCAGCACCACCUCCUCCGGAUCUCCCCAGCUACGCAGAAUCACCACCCAAGGGCGGUCUUUCUUUUCUCCACAGCACCAACCGGAGAAGCAGCAGCAACAGCUACGGCAACAAAGCAAGCUUGCAUAUACGUUCUUGUUGCCAAACCAGCACUUCAUGUCUGUUCCCCAAGAUGCCAUUUUGGGGGCCGGAUGGGUGUUCGUUUGCUUCCGCCCUGCAGCAUUUGCUACUGAUAGGAAGGCAGGGGAAUCGGGAGAGGAACCGCUUGCGCCGCCGGAUAUGGGGCCUUACACUGGCUGGUCAGACUGUAUAGACACCCGCAGCAGGGUGGUGGACUGCCAGUGCAUGCACUGUGCAUACUUGCCGCCUGAAGAGCGCAGCACUGCAUCGCUUUCCGGAUCAGCAGCUGCAGCAGCAGGAGGCGCAGCAGGAGGUGAUGAUGCAUUGGCUGCUGCAUCAAUGGUGAAGAAGGAGAAAUGCCUCUUCUUCCAUUUGCUUCAGGAAGAUCACAAAACGGCGCUGCCCGCUGAACGUCUGCUAAGGACACUGACUGUGUUCCCCGCCUUGACGCUUAUGAAUGCAACUCUGACGGAAUUGGAUGUGUGUAUGCUGCCUUCUGCUGCUGCGUCCGGGUCUAGCGUCCCCUUGAAGAGGCCGCCACCUGCAUCUGCGUUGCAACGGCUGCAGCAGCUGCAGCAGCAGCCUGUGUUUCAAGGCAUACUGACGAGGCAGUCCGUAUUUUAUGUUUAUGAAGUACCCCCUAGCAGACAGCUAUCCCUUUGGCUUCGAUUCGCAGUCCUCGAAGACGCCCGCUGGUCCCCGCCUCUCCGCAACUUCCUUUCCUCAGAGGAGGGCCUCGUGUCUCGCGUGCAGCUUCCAUCUGCGUCGCUGGCCACAGUAGAGUUGGAGGUGCUGCACGACGCAGCAGAAGUGGCUCCGUAUGUGCCACUUGUCUCUGCCAAACAGCUUAUUGCUGUUGUCUCUGCUCCCCGUCUCUUCAUAGACCGAACGGGUCUAAAAAUUAAGCCAAUACAGGCGGGCCGCUACUUCCCCGACUUUGGGGGCUACGCUCUUCUAGGAGACUCAACGACACCGGAGUUGUCUUUGUUUACGGUGCCUCGUGGCUCUACGCCAGUGGAAUGCUGCGCUGACGUUCCCGCUCUUCAUGGAUUCAGCAAAGCUGAGUUGGCGGCCCCAUCUAGCCUGUACACGCUGUGCUUGAAGACUGACCAGCUGGCGCUGGCACACACAGCAGGCGAGUUGACAUGA